AUGGCAAUGUGCGCCGAGCACCUCCCUGAAGACCAGCGAGAUGAGCUCACUGAAAGAUGCGGAAGGCCCGUGGAAGACCUCAUCCCAUUCUCCCUCAGCGAUGAAGAUCCAAUAAAGACGGUACAACUCGGAUCAUUGUUGAGCGAGGAACAAAAGAAUCAGCUCGGAAACGUCUUGAAGGCUAAUGCCGACGUCUUUGCCUGCUCAGCUAUCGACAUGCCAGGCAUAUCGAGGCACAUAACCGAGCACAGACUCCAUGUGGAUCCGAGCCAAAAGCUAAUUCAACAGAAGAGAAGGAAUUACACCCUUGACCGGCAAGCCGCGAUCAAGGAAGAAUUAGAGAAGCUCCAACGAUCAGGGUUCAUCCGAGAAGAGAAGUUCCCGACUUGGUUGGCGAACGUUGUUAUGGUUCCCAAAUCGAAUGGAAAGUGGAGAAUAAACAUGGAAGUCUAUGUAGAUGACAUGUUGGUGAAGAGCUUGAAAGCCGAGCAUCAUUUGGCUGACCUGGAAGAGGCCUUCGGCGUGCUCAGGAAGAACCAAAUGAAGUUGAACCCCACUAAGUGCGCUUUCGGCGUAACCUCGGGGAAAUUCCUUGGCUUCAUGGUCUCCAUACAAGGUAUCGAGGCCAACCCGACAAAGAUCAAAGCAAUUCAAGAGAUGAGCCCCCCAAGGACGAUCUGA